GAUAUAAACAAUCUUUGGCCAUGGAUGUUUUCAUGAAAGGGUUUAAUAAAGCCAAAGAAGGAGUCGUGGCAGCGGCAGAGAAGACCAAACAGGGCAUGGCCGACGCAGCCGGGAAAACAAAAGAAGGCAUGAUCUACAUGGGUUCAAAAACCAAGGAGGGAGUUGUUCAUGGGGUCACAACAGUUGCGGAGAAAACUAAAGAACAAGUGUCAAAUGUGGGAGGAGCUGUCGUGACCGGAGUGACCGCCGUAGCGCAGAAGACGGUGGAAGGUGCCGGAAAUAUUGCUGCAGCUACUGGCUUUGUCAAGAAGGAUCAGCUGGCCAAACAGAAUGAAGAAGGUUUCACACAGGAAGGAAUUAUGGAUAACACAAAUGUGCCAGCAGACCCUGAAAAUGAGGCCUACGAAAUGCCUCCUGAGGAAGAAUACCAGGAUUAUGAACCUGAAGCAUGAAUCUCACCCCUUCUGUCUUCUGCUGCCUGUUAACAAAGACAUCCUGUCCUGUACAAGUGCUGAGUUCCAGUGUGCCCAGUUGUAAACUAUUUUUAUAGUUUUUUGAAGUCUUCCAUCAGCAAUGAUUGGAGCAUUUGUAACUGUGUCCAGUUUUCGUUUCGGUGACCUCCCUCCUCCCUCUGAAACGGAAGUCUGGGUCUCAGAGCCAUUGUUGUUGUGUGGAUAUUGUGGCUUCAAGUUCUAAAAAGUUUGAAAACAAUUUUAAAAAAAAACACCUAAGUGUCUAUUCCUUAUUUCUAAAUCUGUAUGUUUUGUUGAUAGAUGGUCAGUACUUUGGUAUUGUUUAUGAUACAAAGUUUUUGAAAUGUUUCCUAUUAUUAGUCUUUUCUGUCCAAGGAUGACAUUAUUGUGAAAGUUGUUAAUAUAUUUGUACACAUAUAUAUAUACAUAUACAUAAAGUAACUGAGCAUGAACUAUGCACCUAUAAAUAUCAAGUGUGAAAUUUUAUUUGUUUUGUGACAUGUUUUACUACCUUGUAUCUGUAAAUAAUGGUGUCCGACUGGAAUAAAUAAAAUACAUUAUCUGUUC